AUUCUACUCCACGUCGACCUAAUCGAAGGAAAAACAAACAAACAAAACCAAACAUCAUAGUGAUUAUGGCUGAUGAUCAAGAUGUACUGCUGGGGUCAAUGGAAGUCAUGCCUAAGACACUUCGAAUCAUGCGUGACCAGGGCCUGGAAUUUAAUAAUUCCUUUGUGUCGUCACCGAUGUGUUGUCCAUCACGAUCAUCAUUCCUUACAGGAUUAUACCCUCAUAACCAUCAUGUAUAUACCAACAAUGAGAACUGUUCUGGGGAAUACUGGAUACAAAAUCACGAACCUAACACCUUCGCCACUUAUCUCAAUAACGCAGGAUAUCGUACAGGUUACUUCGGAAAGUACCUGAACAAAUAUAAUGGUUCGUACAUACCCCCUGGAUGGCGGGAGUGGGUUGGACUGGUCCGCAACUCUCGUUACUACAACUAUUCCAUCAACUUCAAUGGUAACAAAAUGGAGCACGGAGACAAUUACUAUAGUGACUACUUGACAGAUCUCAUAGCCAACGACAGUGUUACCUUCCUAAAACAGAGCAAAGAGUACUUUAAAAGAAGGCCUGUACUAAUGGUUCUUGGUGCCCCGGCACCACAUGGCCCUGAAGACUCUGCCCCACAAUAUCAGCAUCUCUUCUUCAACAAUACUUUACAUAGGACACCUACUUGGAAUGUGGCACCUAAUCUUGACAAACAGUACCUUUUAAAGAUCACCAAACAGAUGGAACCGAUUCAUCAGAAGUUUACUGAUGUCCUACAACAGAAGCGGCUACAGACUCUCCAGUCAGUAGAUGACUUGGUGGAGAAGGUGUACACAGAACUAUGGAUGCUGGGGGAACUGGACAAUACAUACAUCAUCUAUACAUCUGACCACGGCUACCACUUGGGUCAAUAUGGUGUUAUCAAAGGCAAAGGUUUGCCUUACGACUUCGAUAUCAGAGUUCCACUUUACAUCCGAGGACCAGGAAUCAAACCCAGAUCCAGGAUAUCCAAUGUUGUGAUGAAUGUUGAUUUAGCACCUACCAUACUGGACAUGGCUGGAGUUCCAAUUCCUGACCACAUGGAUGGACGGUCAAUCCUCAAACUUCUUAAGACCUCCAAAGAUUCUACAAGGUAGUAACCAGGUCACUAUAUCACAAACUUUGUCCAAAUGAGGAAACCCUGGCGGGAUACAAUCUUACUUGAGAGAGGCAAAAUCACCAAAAAUAAACAGAAGAUCUUGAUGAAGGAACAGAACCAGCUGUUUCUAGACAACCUCAGUAACAUGGACAAUAUCCCGCCUCACAUACUACAGUAUGCCACACGUAAACAACGCCGCAUCCUCAAACAGUGCUCUAAGGCAAAAAACAAGCCACCUUGUAAAGUUGGACAGAGAUAUCAGUGUAUCCAAGAGGUAGGGCGUAAGUUACCACGGUUACAGAAGUGUCGUUCAAGGGAUUUAACAUUGAGUCAGAAUAUCCAAGGUGACAGCCCAUAUUCCAAUAUACCAAGGAAAUCAUGCAGAUGUCCCUCAAGGAUGAAUGCACAGGAACGUCGAAAUCAGGAACAGUUUCUCAUGAAUCAUGUUAAUAAAGACUUCACUCCAAAAUUCAUCAGCAGACGCAAACGACAGCUGCCGUUUGACCUCAUGGACACAUUUUCCGAUGACUUUAAUGAACAGUAUCCACAGAUGGAACGUUUUGAACAUCGUUGUCGCCAGUUGCCAAACAACACUAUAGUGUGUGACCAAGAGCUGUAUAAUGAUGUGAAUGCCUGGAAGGAUCAUAAAGGGCAGCUGGAUGAGAUGAUACAGGAGUACCGCAAGAUGCUCGAGGACCUGAGGACUUAUCGUAGACACCUGAAGAUUGCCAAGCCUAAAGACUCCUACUUGUCUCAGUUUGAUGAUGAUGCGAGUGGUCCUGGUUACCUUGACACUGCUGAUGGUUAUGAUACUUCUGUCCUUCUUGAUCCUGACUGUGACUGUGAUGAUGAUUUGACGGACUCCAUUCGAGAUAAAAGACAACGCAGGAAAGAUAAACGGAAAGAAAGAAAAAGAAGGAAAUUAAGAAAAAGGAGAAAAAACAAGGAUUGCAAUAAACCUGACAUGAACUGCUUCACUCAUGACCACACACACUGGAGAACACCACCACUGUGGGACUAUGGACCUUUCUGCUACUGCACUAACUCCAACAACAACACCUACUGGUGUCUGAGAACAAUUAAUCAGACACAUGACCUGCUGUACUGCGAGUUUAUCAACAACUUUAUCAGCUAUUAUGAUCUGUUAUCAGACCCUUUCCAGGAGGUUAAUGCUAUCCAUGAUGUAAAUUAUGGUGUUCUUCAACAACUCCAUGACCAGCUUAACGAAAUGAGGGCGUGUAAAGGACACCGAGAAUGUGACAAGGCUGGCACACUGAAGGAAAGAAGAAACAGGGAUAAUUUUGAUUAUGAUUUUAACGAUGAGGAACUUGAGGACUACAUUGACAGUGGAAAAACAGAUUUCAGCUGA